CUUAGGAGAGCGAGAGCAACGUUGAGCCGAGUGGCCGGACGGUGGGGAUGGGCUCGCGCUAGCGGUUUGCUCUGGCUCAGGUUUGCUCUCGCCAUGUAAGCGCAGGCUACGGGCGCUCCUCUUUUUCUCUCCUCUGCUGGAUCCGUUCUAGGGCAGCCCCGGCGGGGAUCAUGCGGAGAGCCCCGGCGCCCGGGCUGCUGCUCCCGCCGCCGUCACCGCUGUUGCUGCUGCUGGGCUUUUUGGUACUGGACAGGGGCUGCACGGCGCAAUACUCGAGCGACUUGUGCAGUUGGAGAGGAAGUGGAUUAACUCAUGAGUCCCACAGAAAAGAUGUCGAACAAGUCUACCUCCGUUGUUCUGAAGGGACCAUAGAAUGGAUGUAUCCCACCGGAGCAUUGAUCAUCAAUCUGCGACCCAAUAUUAUCUCUUCUUCUUACAAACAUUGGACUGUUUGCAUAAAACCUUAUAAGAACUCUGCAGGAGCAAAUAUUUAUUUGGAAAAAACUGGAGAACUAAAACUACUGGUCCAGGAGGGAGAUCACAGUCCUACCAGAGUGUAUUGCUUCAACUUUGACCAAGGGGGCCUUUUUGUUGAGGCAACCCCACAGCAGGACAUUAGUAGGAAGAUUACAGGCUUCCAGUAUGAACUGAUAAGCAAGGGGAUGGCAUCUGAUUUGCACAUGAUUUCCGCUCCCUGCCAACCUUGCAGUGACACGGAAGUCCUCUUGGCUGUCUGCUCCAAUGACUUUGUUGUCAGAGGUACCAUCCAAAGUGUAAUCAACGAGGAGGAUCAGCAAGAUUCCAUUAUCAGUAUAAACAUCAAUAGAAUCUACAGGCAGAAAACAAGGAUCUUCAACUCUGCUGAGGAGAGCGGUCGGUGGCAAGGACAGAUCAAGACUCUGCUUCAAUGUGGGGUAAAACCAGGAGAGGGAGACUUCCUCUUCACAGGCAGUAUGCACUUUGGGGAGGUCAGGUUAGGCUGCGCCCCACGUUUCAAAGACUUCCAAAGGAUGUACAAAGAAGCCAAGGACAAAGGACUAAAUCCAUGCGAAAUUGGCCCAGACUGAAACGAUGUUCUUCAGCUGUAGGUUACUCUUAGAGCUCAGCCAGAACUAAUUCUUAGUUGCUGCAGAUCUGCUGAUUUAAAUGGAACUAAUAACAGAGAGGAACCAUCUGAUGUCAGAAACAAAAUAUUCUCCUUUAAAGAGGUCUGUAAGAGGAGACUGGAUGAGCGUUGAGUAUGGAGGAUCCUUGAAGCCUAGAGACUCAUUAUUGCUGCUUGGAGGCUGGGCUUCUUACAAAUCCCGAGGUACUUUCUAACCCUAUGACCUUAUGACUAUAAGAACCACACAAGCUGGUCUUUGCGGCCAAUGGCUUGCUUAUGGAAUUGACUGAAGUACAAAGCUAGAACGCAAUCCCGCAUUUAGUCCAUUUGAACUAAAUUAUUUUUAUAGGUUCCCCAGGGUGGGGAGGAAUGAAAUGCGUCACAGUCCUUGUCUUAAAAAUAUCAAUCAACCAACGAACCUUUGAAUCUUUGUAAUGCUAAUGUGUAAAAUGUGUUAAGCAGAUGUAGCAUUUUGCAUGGUAUACGCAGACGACAAUGUGGUAGAAGCUGGCGAACCCAUUUUAACAUUGAUGCUUUGUUGAAAAAGAAAAAAAAAUAGGCUUGUUAUACAAUUUUUUUUAAAAAUGGUUUCCCAUGACAGGAAUUUAUGGAAUUAAACACUUGCUUUUCUUUUUUAAAGAGAGAGAAUGUACAAUUACCACCUGCAGUUUGUGUUCAGCGUGGAUGAGUUGAUUCCAUUCCAGAGAAAUAAAAUGUUCCUGGAUUUGAGCCAAUGUUGUUGUGAUUCCCAUGCUGCUUCUGCCUUCUGCACUUUUAAAUUUAACUGAUUGGUAUCUGCACCAAGGUGGCAAAAGGGCUAUUUUAAGUACAGAUUUUGUUUAUGUAAAACACUUGCACCACCUUCCAGGGACUGAAAACUUGCCUUCUUUCUGAAGGCAUUUGAAAAGCUGAUAGCAUCUUGAAUGGUAACACUACUCGGUACACCAUACCAGCUUUGCUCAAAUCUGAGCAGCUCUUGUGUCGUUGCUCUUCAUUUACAAAAUUUACAUGCUUUUUUAUAAAUGAGGUUUAGUGUUUCAUUAAAAAAGUUAAAAUACAAAUACAUUUGUAUUAAAUAGAUUUGAAAUACAAAUUUAAUAUAAUGGAGAUGUCUUAGUACAAUCCACUCGUGCCUGAUGUUAUUACUACUUUUUCAUUGGGAAUUGAAUUUCUAUUUAUUCUCAGUUCUCUUAUCUUCAUAAUAUUCUUCGGCACCAGUCUUUCACAUUCUCGGCUUUCCGUGUUUAUUGUGAGGACUAAAAAAAUUGCAGCAAUCAUAUAAAACAAUAGUAAAGAAAUGGAUUAUUUAGCAUUCCACAAGAACUUUGAAGGCAUGGGAUAGCCUCUGUACACUAUAAAGCCAACGAUUGAUGUAAAUUGGUGUUGCUAUAGAAGAACAACUGAAAAGGUUUUUCUGCAUAUUUUUUUUCAUUUUUACUUAUACAGUAAUAUAUAUUGGGUCCAAAUAUUCAGCUACUUUCAUUUGACCCUUUUAUAAACGUAUAUACUCCACUUUUGAUUAAAUGAAUCUCCCGAUUUAUUUUGUGUGCCUUCAAGUUCAGUGUUGACUCCUGGCAACUGCCUGGACAAGUCCCUGCAGUUUUCUUGGCAAGAUGUCAGAAGUGGUUUGCCUUUGUCUCCUUCCAAGAGCUGAGAGUGUAUGACAGACCCAAGUGCCUAAAAUGGACUAGAACUCAUUCUCCCAGUGUCCAGCCUGCUGCCUUAAUCGCUACAUCAAACUAUAUCUCCCCAAAUUCACUUGCAACUGAUUAAAAUAUGUCUAUUACAAUAGUUGCAAAUUAAAAAUUGCAAUAAAAUCAACAAUAAAUGCUCAAUAAUCGCACACUGAAUUGUUGUUGUUGUUCUUCUAUGCCCUGCCAAUGCAAAUAAAAACACCCACAGUGUAAUAUCUCUUUCCGUCUUGGGCCCUUAUUUAAGUCAGUUUCCUGAAUAAGUCUUCAGGCUUUUCAGGUUUCUUCUGAAGGAAAAGUUGUUCUGAUUAUAUCCCCAUAUUUUAAAGUUAAUUUAUGCCUUCCCAGCAUGUCCAUGAAGCAUCUAUUUUUGUCCUAUAAAUAUUGGCUGGAGCCUGGCUUUUCUCUUGAAGUUACCAGCCACGCUGAUCACUCCCUUUCCAGCUCUAUUCUAAGUUCUUUGUCCUCCCUACAUCUUAGGCUUUGCCAUAUGGCAAGUUCUCUUUUGUGUGGGAAGUUUUCAAAAUUGCUGACAUGCAUUGCUACAUGCUUAUUAUCUCAAUACUGGCAGGUGCACUCAUAAAAAUUAAAGACUCUAUAAGGGAGGAGUCAACAACAGUAAUUUAAUACACAGCCCAUUUUUUAACAACAAAAAGUCUUUAAGUGGAAUAUCAUGGUCAUGAUCUUCAUGAUGGGCCACACCGGAUGGCCAGUGAUGCUACUCUCUGUUUUUAUGUUGUGUUGUCAAACUUAACCUGUGGCUAAGGCUGUUUCUCUUGAAAGGCUGUCAGAUCACUUGAAAAGAAGGGAUGGUGAGUUGUAAAUUGAAGUGAAGAGCCACUUCUUGCUAUGAAAGGAAAUCUUAAGUAUCUCUUAUGAAUUGCUAUUUUCCUUCACACUAAAGCUAAUAUAGAAGAUUAUAUGGUGUUUAGGAUUUGGCAGCAUUUUAAGAUCCAAGGGUGUUUUUUUUCCUUAAAAAUAUUUUAAAGAUCCUUUUGAAAGUUGAAGCUGAUUGAUUUCAAAAACAGCAAUAUGCAUUUGAAUGCUGCAGUUGCAAUGAAUUAAUUUAAAGAAAUAAUGUUAGUAUGUCUGAGCUUUCUAAGUCAGAAAAUCUAUGAUAUUGAUAAUGGGAAAUGUUGGGAAAAUAAAAACUACAAAUUUUCAGCUAUAGCCUUUAGCAGCUUGACUUGUCGGUUUGACCUGACAGGCUCCUAAGGGGAGUGGAAGAGGAGGCCAGUGUAUUGACCUCACUCUUUGAUAGAGAAGAACUGGAAUUCAUGAUAUGAAGAAUGGUAAAGCCACGGGAUUAAAUGAUAUUCAUGUUGAACAAAUAAACAUUUUGGAGAUUUUUCCAAGCAAA